AAACGAUUUUCUGUUGGCUAUUUUUUGGCAAUGUUUUCAUAAGAUAUUAAAUCUAAUGAAUUUGGCAAUUUUCUAUCCUCGAUCGCCAUUUUAAGUGACGUUUUCUCAGGAGUGAAAUGGCGUUUCGUCACUUCGUACAAAUAGGCCGAGUGGCAUAUGUACCAUUUGGUACUAAUGCUGGAAAACUGUGUGUCAUUGUUGACAUAAUAGACCAAAAUAGAGCUUUAGUAGAUGGUCCAUGCUCUGGGGUAACCAGACAGUCCAUCCAGUUUAAAAAGUUGCGACUGACAAAAUUUCGCAUAAAGAUCCCACACAGCACUUCAACCAAAACUGUUAGGAAAGCAUGGGAAAAGGAAAAUAUUAGUGAAAAAUGGAAAGAAACUCCACUUGCUAAGAAAAUCGAAGCUAGGAAGAAGAGGGUGAAUAUGAACGAUUUUGAUCGUUUUAAGUUAUACAAGGCCAAGCAAUUGAUGAAUCGAGAAAUCCGUACUGCUUUUCUCAAACUGAAAGCUACAGCCAAGAAAAAUCCUCCCAAACCCAGACCGAAGAGAGUGAAGAAGCUAGUUAAGAAAUAAAUUGUUGUAAAAAAUUUCAGCAAAUAAACUGUUUUGAAAUGAA